AUGACCAACAACAACAUAUUACCAACUUUGUUGGUAUUACUAUUGACAACAAACACAGUCCUAUCACUUAUCAACCCCAACAAUGAUCACGAAUAUAUCCUAUAUAAUACAAAGACAACAGCAACUGGUGCUAUCAAUGCCUGUGCCGCCAUUAACUCUACGACGGGCCGUGGCUUUGGCUACCUGGCCACAAUAACCACAUUGGACGAGUGGAACUGGGUCAACUCGGCUGGCCUCUUUUCCAGUAGUCCCAACGAGAUAUGGAUAUCUGGUCGCACCUAUGACCAGAUGUUCCAAAAGUGGUACUACAACAGCGGACCAGAGAAUGGGAUGCUUUUCUACGACUCGUCCAACAAUGGCGUCGGCUGUCUGACCUAUUGUCCAUGGGCGCUCACCGAGCCAUCGCUCUCUGACAAUGAGAUCUACCUGUCCACCUUUAGAAGAGGUGGUGACUUUGGACUGGCCAUCAACAAUCUACAGGCAACCGAGAGUCAGUUUUAUCUCUGUGAGUUUGGUGGCAUGGGCUCACCAAUAGUCAAUGGCUCAACUGGAACAUCCGGUGGUGUCAUCACGUUCAAAGGUUACAGCAGCUCUUUGGACGCCUCCUACACACCUACAUCAGUCAAUCUGGUGCCCUUCGAUAACAACACAGCCACUCCAAGUCCAUCUUUAACAUGUCCAAUCAAUACCAAUAGUAUUACAUCAAGUGGAUUUACUUGUAACCUACCAUCAGGUGCUGGACUAUAUAAUGUCAAUGUAACAUUCUCAAAUGGAAGUGAUACAAUUAUACUUCCAACAAGGUAUCAAUAUAUUCCUGCCAUUGUUAGAUAUAUAUACCCAAACACUGAAGUGAACAGCUUUGUAACGAUUGUUGGUGAUAACUUUGGUACGGACCUUUCAAAGGUCAGCAUCCUAUUGGGUGCUGCCAAGACUGGUCAAUGUAAUGAUGUCAAGUACGUCAAUGGUGUGGUUGGAAAGGUUAUCCAAUGUACGAUCACCAACACCUUGACAGAGAGUAUACUACCAAUUAGAGUUGUAAUCAAUGGUGUUAUGAGUAUUACAAACAAUGCUCCAUUCUAUGACACUACAACCAACACAUUCCUUUCAUUCUACUCUGCCUGUGCAACAUUUACCUCAUCAUACAACUACUCGAUGGAGUCUACACUUGAGAACUAUAGUGGAUACCCUGGUACAUUGACCUCUGCCGCUCAAGUGAACAUUAUCAACACGACAGUAUCACAAUUGACCACCCAGGGUGGUAUGAAGUUCUACGAAGGCAUCACCUAUGUCAACAGCGCCUACAAAUACACAUAUGGUCCAAACAUCAACAAGGUGGCCACACCCUACUUCAGCACCAGUACUCCCUCUGGCUUGCUGCCAAGCAACAGACUCUAUAUGACUUGGAGCACCCUAGUACUGACUGCUGGCACUGAUAUCUGUGCUGCAGUGUUCACUCAGUUUGGUGGCUACUCUCCAGUGAUCAGCUACACAUCAACAUCGGCCAACAAUAUUGUGAUUCCCAGUGCCGGACAGACAGUGGCAGUGAAGCUCGCCAACCCAGGACAUCAGUUCAGCACCAACACAUUCCUGGCCAUCAUCAAGGGACAGAACUAUACACUGAACUUUGACAGCGUCAACAACGAUCGUUCUUCUGUUAGCGUCAAGUUACCAGCUGGCUACGGUGGUCCACACACUCUCCUCGCCAUUGUCGAUGGUGUCCAAUCCAACACACUGACCUUUGGAUACCCUACACCAAGUAUCACAAGUGUUUCACCAUCCAAGUUGAGCACAGAAGGAGCUGAGGUCACCGUGUACGGUGCCAACUUUUACACUCAACAAUCAUUGAUCAAGGUUGUUAUCGAUCAAGUGCCAACUGGCAUCACGUCAUUGAUCAACGACACUGCCUUUACCGCUCAACUGCCCGCAGGUACUGGAAAGAAAGUAGUGAUUGGCAUGGUGUUGGACAAUAUUGCAUCUUCCAACACUGUUGACAUUGGCUACCUAGCGCCAAACAUCAACAACAUAGUCAACAGUGCCACAAACAUUGACUCUGGUGUAGUAACAAUCACUGGUACAUCUUUUGGUGCCAACAUAUCAAAGAUCUCUGUUCAAGGCAUCCAGUUGCUGUCCUCAAUCACUAUGCUCCUGCCACACAAGUCAUUGUCGUUCAAAGUACCAGCACUCAGCGGCACACCAAUGAUCAACAUCACAGUGGAUGGACAGAUGUCAAACACCGUAUCAGUAGAGUACCAAGAGGUCAAGACCACCAUUGUAUCAGUGUCCUCGUCCAACUUCAACACCACAGAGAAUGUCACGAUCACUGGCACAGGCUUUGGAAGCUAUCAGAUCAAUGUGACCAUUGGUGGUCAACAAUGUGAUCAUCUCUACUACAUCAACAGUACGGUGAUUGUUUGUAACUUCAAGGGUACGGUACCAUUCAAUGGCACUGCACUACCAGUGGAGAUUUACUCUGAUGGUGCUCUGGUCACUGUACAAUACCUCUUCUUCUACGCCAAUCCUUUGGAGUGUCCGAAUGAUUGCUCCAGUCAGGGUACAUGUCUAAAGGCAGAGGUCACUGCCUAUUGUCAAUGUUACCAAGGCUUUGGUGGCAGAGACUGCUCCAUCAAGUUGUCGAACUCGCGUUCAUCAAAGGCACCAGUCGUCAAUCCAAAUGGCACCGCAACACUGCCCAGUGAUACAAUGACUUUCAACAUUGGUGUCAAGUACAUUCGUGAGGUGUCACAGGAUAAGAUCAUUCGUUCAUUGGACAUGUCAACAAUCACAUGGACCAGGAGCAGUGACCUAAACAAGUACAUCUUCAUUGGAGAGUUCCCCAACGACACUUGCAAACUCAACGUCACAAUUAUGGUAUUCUUGAAGGAGGACACGGUCAAGUUUGCCGGUGAGCUCAUACCUGUGAGUGCCAACUCUGUCAAGUUCUACGUCAACAUCACCAACUGGUCAUUCCAGUCAAACCUAAACAUCCUUCAAUUGAUUUACCAGACAUCAGGCGACCGAGUUCAGGCAACGCCAGAUGGAUGUCCAUACGAACCUUCACCGCUGCCCAUUGGCUCUGUGACAUUCUUGGAUGUACCAUCAGAGAAUGAGGGUGUUGUAAUCAGUGCCAAGUACUCCACCAGAUUGAUCAGUGACUCUAGACCAGGCGUGAUCAACACCGUCAUGUUGGACGGUACCUCGGAUACACUCAAGCCACCAGCCAUCAACGAAUCACAUGACAUCCUGUUCUACACAGCAAUGCUCGUGCCACACUUUAGCACUCAGGUUGAUCUCGAUCCAAACUUUGGACUGUUGCUAAAGGAUGGUGGAUUCCCAUUGGCAAGACCAGACUGCAAGGCAAAGAGUGGCGGUGGUGGAUCGAACGACAAGUGGAAGGUGCCAGUGAUCACUGUGUUGGUAAUUGUCGGUUUCAUUGCCAUUGUUGCCGUCACUGCCAUCUACGUCAAGAAGCGUCUAAUGGGAAGACGUCUAAAGGAUGUUGCAAUGGAGAAGAUAUCAAGGAUGAGUAAGAAGGAUACAAAUAAAUAA